AUGGGUAAGGUUUCUAAAUCAACAAAGAAGUUUCAAUCAAAACAUUUGAAGCACACCCUAGAUCAAAGAAGAAAGGAAAAGAUCCAAAAGAAGAGAAUCCAAGGCCGUCGUGGUAACAAGACUGAUGAGGAAAAAGCUAAUGCUGCUGGUACUAGAGAACAACAGCAGUUGAAAAAAGCUGCUAAGGAAGAAGUUUUUAAGGACAUGUCUGUGGAAAGUUUUUUUGAAAAGGGUAUUGAAAUUCCAAAAGAGAAUAAAAAAAUAAAAAAGAAAGCUGCGAAAGAGGAAUCAGAUGAGAAUUCAUCCUCUGAAGAGGAAGAAGAUAUGGGAAAAAGUAUGGCAAAGUUGGCCGAAAAGGAUCCCGAAUUUUAUAAGUAUUUGGAAGAAAAUGAUAAGGAUUUAUUAGAUUUUGCAGGAAGCAAUCCAUUGGACGAAAUCGAUGAUGAAGAUGAAGGUGCUAAAGGAAAGGAAAAUAUUGCAGAAAAAUCUGAACAAUUUGAGCUUGAAAGAGAGAAAAUUGCGCUUUCUUUAAAAUUGGUUAGAAAAUGGAAAAAACAACUUCAUGACUCUCCAAGCUUAAAAUUGUUAAGAAACAUAAUCAGCGCCUUCAAGGUUGCCGUAAAUUUGAACAAAGAAGAAAACAUUGAAGACUAUAAAUAUGCUAUUACUGAUGAGAAGGCAUUCCAUGAAUUGAUGUUCAUGGUCUUGAAGGAUGUACCACAAGCAAUUCAAAAGAUGGCCCCAUAUAAGAUUGUCAAAGGUUCAAGGACCUUACCAAAUGGAGGUAAUGUCUCCAGAAUGUCGUCCAUUGUAAAAUCGCAUGCUGGCUCUUUAUUGAUUUUAUUGAAUGAUAUUACUAAUACAGAAACGGCAGCGUUAGUUCUUCAUUCUGUCAACGAAUUGAUGCCCUAUUUUUUGUCAUAUAGAAGAAUCUUAAAGGAGCUUAUUAAAUCAAUUGUUGACAUAUGGUCUACAACAAGAGAAUUAGAAACUCAGAUUGCUUCUUUUGCCUUCUUAAUCAAUACUACCAAGGAGUUCAAGAAAUCUAUGCUAGAAACAACCUUGAAGACUACCUACUCUACUUUCAUCAAAAGUUGUCGUAAAACGAACAUGCGUUCUAUGCCUUUGAUUAAUUUUCAAAAAAAUUCAGCUGCUGAGUUGUUCGGUAUUGAUGAAGUUCUAGGUUAUCAAAUUGGGUUCGAAUACAUUAGACAGUUAGCAAUCCAUUUAAGAAACACCAUGAAUGCAACAACUAAAAAAUCCAGCAAAGUUAAUUCUGCAGAAGCUUACAAAAUUGUAUACAACUGGCAAUUCUGUCACUCCUUGGAUUUCUGGUCUCGUGUUCUGUCGUUUGCCUGUCAACCAGAAAAGGAAAAUGGCAGUGAAUCUCCAUUGAGACAAUUAAUUUACCCAUUGGUUCAGGUUACUUUGGGUGUAAUCAGAUUAAUUCCAACACCUCAAUUUUUCCCAUUAAGGUUUUACUUGAUUAAAUCACUUAUUAGACUUUCUCAAAAUAGUGGUGUUUUCAUUCCAAUAUACCCUUUACUUUCCGAAAUUUUAACCUCAACGGCUUUCACUAAGGCGCCCAAAAAGAGCCCUAACUUGGCUUCUUUCGAUUUUGAGCACAAUAUCAAAUGUACACAAGCUUAUCUGAAUACAAAAGUAUACCAAGAAGGCUUAUCGGAACAAUUUGUCGACUUAUUGGGCGAUUAUUUUGCCCUGUAUUGUAAAAACAUUGCAUUUCCUGAACUUGUAACACCGGUUAUCAUCUCUUUACGCCGUUACAUCAAAACUUCAAUUAAUGUCAAAUUUAACAAACGCUUAUCAACUGUUGUAGAAAAAUUGAACCAAAACAGCACCUUCAUCCAAGACAAGAGAUCAGAUGUUGAAUUUGGACCAACAAACAAAUCUGAGGUUUCAAGAUUUUUGAGUGAUGUGGCUUGGGAUAAAACACCUUUAGGUUCUUACGUUGCCGUGCAACGUGAAGUUAAAGAAGAAAAAGCCAGAUUAAUGAGGGAAAGUAUGGAAGAACAAGACAAAGAAAGGGAAAUGGAAGAAGCUAAACAAUUAAAAGGUCUCGAAAGUGAUGGUGACAAUGAAGAUGCUGAAAUGUCAGAUGCUUAA